AUGGAUACUUCGACCUACCAGGACAGGCCGAGGCUGGGUCAUUGCGAGUUCCUGGAGGUGGAUGAAGACGAACUGGACACGUCGAAUCUACAGGCACAUGUCGUCACACCGUCCGCGAGGCAAAAACUUCUCUUCGACCAGAAUCCCUGCAACCCCUCUUCUGUUGGGUCCUCCUCCUCCAACACCCGUUCUGUCGAUGCCGAAACUCUCAUCUCAGACCUCGGCCGCCUAGCUCCGUCUGUCGCAAAGGACUUCGUCCCCAAGGCCUCCGCGGAAAGAGACCUGGUCUUUAGGCUCAUCAACGAUGUCGACUUCCAGGGCGAUGAGGAGAGCUACAUAACAAUGAGCUAUGUGUGGCAGAAGGUGCAGAGAGAUGCUCCGCGGAAGAUGGUCAGCCCGGUGGGAGACCUGCCGUUUGGAUGGGUGACUACGGUGGAACAGUUCCCGCUCCCGACCAGUAAGGGGAUGUUCUUGGGUAUACUAGAGGAGAGGGAAGAGAACGAGGGGUUGUGGUUUGACCAGGUUUGCAUCAAUCAAGAAGACGACGAGGAGAAAGCAAUUGCUGUUGGUGCAAUCGACACCAUCUACAGGAACGCGCGCCAGGUCAUCGUGGCCUUAGACGAUAUCGCCGCGACCGAGCACGAAGUGUUAUUCCUCCGGCACUACAUUCCACAGUACGAAGCUUCAGACCUGCCGCUGAAUUCACACCCAAAUCGAGGUCUGACUCCGCCGUUCAUGCAGAAGUACGCCUCUUUCCGAUCCUUCCUCGAGAGGAUACUGAAUUCGAUGUGGUUCGAGCGAGCGUGGUGCGCCCACGAGAUGAGGACGGGACGGAAUCAUAUUUUUCUCGUUCCUUGCGUAUCGGGCGAGGGGGACGAAGAACACACGUUGAUCCGAGUCACAGACGCAUUCUUCCUGCACAUGCUGGUCCUCGCCAGUGAGCUUAAGAAUAUCACCUCGACGCAACAAACCCAGAUCCGAUCUCUCCUGGAACACUUCGGUCGGGCAUCGCUGAGGGAAGAGCAAGACACGCUCGCUCUACAGAGGCAUGAGAGUAUCAUACCUUCCAUACCCGAGCCGAUACCCUACAUACCUUUAGUUGCAGAAAUCUUUCGUAUGAAGGCAGGCGGGAACCCGCGGCUACCAGAACACCUGAGGCGAUUAGACGCGAACCGAGACAAAACCUCUAUUGCAUUGAAUGCCUCGGGGCUCCCUCUCGCAUUGAAACCUCCUUCGCCGCUCCAACGUCCCGCUACUGAAGAUGAAUGUCUUCGCCGGCUCCUUCUAGUAGGCCUAGCAGCAAGAGACCCAGUCACGCUAUGCACAACUGGCACACCACUCCAACUCCACGACGGUUCAAUAUCAUGGCUAUGUCGACCCACAGCCCUCGACCUGCCCACAACUCAUCAACGCCCUCCACGACAAUUCCCGAAGAAAACAGGACAGAUUACACAAGGGUCAGACGGGAGAGCAGAAUACACACAGCUCGACCUCAUCUUCCCCGAUCUCCCGCACCGCACGCAACCAAACCCGCAUUUCCCUGCGCUUGUCCACCGCGCCCGCGAAUUCAUUGACAUUGGCAUCCAAUACCAAGUCCAAAGCCACACCAUGUGGAACAUGUGGCAGACGCCGAACCACCCACGGGGACCCGCUAUGCGUAAUACCUUCAUACAAACAUUAGCAUGCGUCUUUGAAUGCGGACCGCAGUGGCUGCUCGACAUCUCGACAAACCUCGCAGCUUCCACGUCGACGUCCCUCACGCUUCCACCACACGUCCUAGAGACGCUGUUUAACCCACAACUCCUGGUCCAGAACUACAUACACAUUCCCGACGCCCGUUCUGCGCUCUCCAUCCUCCUCUCCCUCCUCUCUAUUCUCAUAGCCCAGGCCAUACCCUGGGCCAGUCAUGCUACCGAACGCACACACGGACCUCUCAUAAUCAGCACCCCUCCACUCCCGCCUACGCCUGAUUUUCCUCACCACCGUCCGUCCGGCAAAGCCAUAGUGUUCGCGCCCUUCGAGCACUCGAAAGCACUGCUCGUGGCGGUCCCCGAUGCAGUGAAAGGACAGGAGUAUGAGGCACUAGCCAGAGGAUGGAUUCUCACGCCCAUGAACGUGUAUACUGGAAGUUCGAGUCCACACCAGAUUGUCAGCUGGACGCUACAGGGGAAGGGGGUUUUGUUUGGCGAUAGCGUUUUUAGCCAGGGGCUGAGCGCGGGUUUGGGACCGAAGUGUCAUAGGGUCUAUGGACCUGGAGCCAGUUGAUGGAGGUUGAGGGAGUUGUAGGAUAUUUUCACUGUUCUGUGCAUAUAGGGAAACGGAUAGAGGCAUAGAUGGCUGGGAUAGAGGACCAUUAGGAUAGAGCUCAGCAC